GCAACACGCCGUCUCCUUCCCCACAUCGUCGUGAAUCCCCAAUUCCCAACUCACGCGCUCCGACGACCAAACCCUAACCUCGGAUCCCCGGAAGCACGCCCAAUUCCCCAACCCUCCCCUCAGAUUCGGCAUGCCAGCCCCCCGAAACUCCAGCCCGUGACCUCGCCGGAGACGAUGGCCUCGCGGCCUCUGCAUCCCCGCCGGAUUCGGCCCAUCGCCGCGGCCUCCCUGGUGCUCUUCCUCCUCUUCCUCUACACCCGCUCGGGUGGGGACUCUCCGCGGCUCCCGGGCUCCGAUUCGCGCUCGCUCCACCGCAGGUUCCUCUCCGGUGCCGAUCCCGCCAGCCCCGCCGCGUCCAGAGGCGGGAACCUUUCGGAGGUCACCGGGGUGAACGGCGAGCAGCUGGAGAACCCCUCCACCGCGUGCGCCGGCAUAUCGCGCCACGAGGGUUUCGGGUCCCAGUGCGAGUUCCUCCGGGCUCACCCGCAGUGCAGCUCCGGCGGAUUCGUCGACUAUCUGGACUUCUUCUACUGCAGGUGCGAGAGAUUCAGGCUGCUUGGAUAUGCCGUGCUUGCAGUGUGCCUAGCGGCGCUGUUCUACAUGCUCGGUAACACGGCUGCGGACUACUUCUGCUGCAGCCUCGAGAAGAUGUCGGCGCUCCUGCGGCUCCCACCGACUGUGGCCGGUGUCACGCUGCUCCCCUUUGGUAAUGGUGCUCCUGAUGUGUUUGCCAGUAUUGCAGCGUUUAUGGGGUCUGGCGCCGGGGAUGUGGGGCUGAACAGCGUGCUGGGCGGAGCGGUGUUUGUUACUUGUGUUGUUGUUGGGGCAGUGUCGUUGACCGUUGCAGAGAAGAAUGUGCAGAUUGAUUGGAGGUGCUUUGUGAGGGAUGUUGGAUUCUUCCUGAUCACCUUGGUGGCACUGUCGAUUAUGUUGAUUGUCGGGAAGGUGACCGUUUGGGGAGCUAUGCUGUUUGUGUCGAUUUAUGUGGUUUAUGCAUUUGUGGUUGCUGCAAAUGAGUUAUUAAGGAAGCACGCACGGAUGCUGAAGUUUGAUGUAGUCACACCAUUGCUUCCUGUGAGGGGAAGUAUCUUCUCACACGGACUAGAGGAGGAUGAUUCUGUGUACAGUUCACUUCUUGAGGAGGACACAAGUGAUGAGGCGGCCCAGGUAAACACAUCAUUGCCGCAGUGGAUGUGGGCUUCUCAUGUGGCUAUCUACUCAAAUCAGGGGAGAGAUGGUUCACCUGACAGGCCUUUGUGGGGUUGGAAUGAGGAAGGCAGAGUGGAUACCUCCACGCUUAACUACUCCAAACUGUUUCUGUUUUUGGAGCUACCCUUGACAAUACCAAGAAAGUUGACGAUUCCAAUAGUUGAGGAAGACCGCUGGUCACAAGAAUAUGCUGUUGCUAGUGCUGGCUUGGCACCUCUACUCUUAGCAUUUCUGUGGAACAGCCAGGAUGGAGUAUCCACGGGUGCCAGCGUAGCAGCAUAUGUGAUAGCUGGUGUUUUUGGGAUUGCGAUUGCUGUUCUUGCUUUUACAUUCACCAGUCCCGACCGCCCUCCAAGGAGAUACUUACUCCCAUGGGUGUUUGGAGGGUUUGUGAUGAGCAUCGUUUGGUUCUACAUCAUUGCCAAUGAGCUGGUUGCACUGUUGGUUGCAUUUGGAGUGAUACUUGGAAUUAAUCCGUCAAUCCUUGGGUUAACGGUGUUAGCAUGGGGCAAUUCGAUGGGCGACUUGAUGUCAAAUGUGGCCUUGGCAAUGAAUGGAGGAGACGGUGUGCAGAUUGCUAUGUCUGGCUGUUAUGCUGGGCCUAUGUUCAAUACACUUGCCGGCUUAGGAAUAUCGAUGCUGCUUGGAGCUUGGUCGACAGCACCCAACUCUUAUGUUCUUCCGCAGGACCGCUCUCUUAUUUACACGAUGAGCUUCCUGGUUGCUGGAUUGAUCUGGGCACUUGUUACGCUGCCACGGAGCGGUAUGCGGCCUAACAAGACGCUUGGGGUUGGCCUCAUUGUUCUCUACUCAGUUUUCCUUUUCAUUAGAGUAAGCAGUGCUAUGGGGAUAUUGCCACUCCCGGGCUUGAAUUAGUUGUUUGUGUCUAUUGUACAUGACUGUCCUGUAUACAGAUGAAAUGGGGUUGUACAUUGUUCCUCUGUUCUGUUGUUAUGCCUCAAAUUUGGUUGUAUGCCUGUCAGGCUUUCAGAGACAAUAAAGCCAGAGCAUGCCUGCAACUGGUCUACUUAUUUGUAAGCUUAAUCACCUUUCAUGCUGAUAGCAAUAAUCUAAACUUCUGCUGUGUCAA